AUGAAGCGAGGGUUCUUGAAAAAUCUCAUUAAUACAACAAACUCUGAAAAGAAAGAAAAUGAGACAUUAAAGGUUAAACUAGAUGAUUUUGAGUUAUAUGAAUUAAUAGGUACUGGUAACUUCACUCAAGUUUUUCGUGCCUUUAAUGUAGUCAAUAAUACACAUGUUGCGAUUAAAGUUGCAAUUAAGUCUCAAUUAAGAGCAUUGAGAAAAGAGGACGAAAUAUUGAAUGAAAAGAAAAUAUGUACUUUAUUAAGUAAUUCUUCUUCGAGAAAUGUGAUUAAAUUGUUAGAUUCAUUUGCUAAUGAAGAUAAUGUUUACUUAAUUUAUGAACUGUGUACUGGUGGAGAACUAUGGCAAAGAAUUCUUCCUAUUGGAAUAAAACCAUUAAAACAAGCAAUUUACUAUUUGGCUCAAUUGUUGAUUGCAAUCGAACAUAUACAUAAUUUAAACAUAAUUCAUCGCGACAUUAAAGCAGAAAACUGUUUGCUAAUGGAAAAUCAACAACUUAAACUGGCAGAUUUUGGAUCUUCAAUUCAUUUAGACGACAUUUUUUGCGAUUCCAAAAAUUGUAAUUCAUCAUGUAGUUGCAGAUUCAAGAUGAAUAGAGGGAGAAGAGAAUUUAAAUAUUUUGUUGGAACACCACAGUUCAUGGCACCAGAAACUAUACGGAAUAAGCCACCAACAAAGGCAGUUGAUCUGUGGAGCUUUGGCUGUACCGUGUUUCAAGUAAUUUGUGGAUACCCUCCAUUUAAUGCACCCAGUGAAUUUCUUGUUUUUUGCAGAGUCCUCCAAAACGGUCUAAGGUUCCCUCCCGAUUUUCCCGAAGAUGCUAGACAAUUAGUAGAGUCUUUACUUAAACAGGAACCUACUCAGAGAGCGACAAUUCAAGAGAUAAAGAAACACAUAUUUUUCAAAGAUAUUGAUUUUGACAAACUGACAAGUGAACAAGAAUAUCCUAGUUUUCCACCAUCAUUAAAAGAUUUGUGCCUAAUUCAGGUUGCAAAGUCAUAUGAAAAGUACAAAACGGAAGAACUAGAUAAAUUAAAUGCUUUGAAUGAUUCUAGCGUAGUUAUGAGGCUAAAAUUUGAGACAGAAAGAAAGGAGUAUGAAGGCCCGCGCGAUACUUGGCUGGACGAAUUUUCAGAUCAAAUUUUCGACCAUGAAAACACUUCGAAAAACACGAACAAUCGUAUCUCACUCUCGUCGUCCGAGAGUGACAGUGAAUAA